UACCAAUUGUUCACGAAUCAUUAUAGAUGGCGGCAUGCUUGAGAGCGGAGAGUCACUGGGAGGAUCAUUCUUAUGCACGCUUCAUUGAAGCCUACAAAAGGCAAUUUGCUGAGCAGAUUUAGGGUGCAAAUUAAUGCAGGAAUUUUCAUCAUUAAAGAGAAGAUGCAGAAGGAAGGAGGCUGAGAAGUGUAUCUGUGUUGUUGCAACGAGGAUGGAUGAGAAUGUCAACCACACAGAAUUGAGCAGCAUAGUUGGGACCCUAGACCUCAACAUAAGACAAUUUUACUGUGGAGAUACAAUUCUUGGAGAGCAUGUGAAGUCACCUGCUUUCUCCAAUAUUUAUGGAUUGGAUCAAACAAGAUAUGUAUAUGUAGCAAACUUGUGUGUCGCCAAGAAUGCUCGCCGCGAAGGAAUUGCAACAAACUUGUUGUCAUUGGCUGUUGAUGCAGCUAAAUUACAUGGCAUCAACCAGAUAUAUGUACAUGUAAACAAGGAUAACAUUGCAGCUCGAAGGUUAUAUGAUCAAAUAGGAUUUCAGAUGGUGCAAACUUCUGUUCCUCGUUUGCUGGUGGACGACAAGUAUUUACUGUGCUUGAAGAUUUAAGCUUCCUUUCCUUCCCUCCAUUGCGUUGUAAAGGUCAGUAAUAGCUGUCAAAGAUCAACACUCUUAGUGUACUUGAGAUCAUUAGAUUUUGGUUAAUGUUUUCUUAGUCGUCAUAUUUUCUCUGGAAAAUUUUACUUUGAUCCUUAUGUUUUCGAAAUGCUUAUUAGAAUAUGGAAGUCUUACCUUGCAAUCCAAACUUUUCUUUCAGUUUGCACCUUAAGUUAAAUGGCAUUCC